AAUGGCCAGCAACCAAAUCCAGUCCUUCAGAAAAAUCAACAAUUCGUCGGAAUCUAAUCCUAUUGUUACGAUUCAAAGCCAUUUCAACCACAGAGUCUGAAACUCUUAGCUUUCAUAUGUUUCAAUGGCCUGUCUUCUGUGCUCAGCACCUGUAAAUUCUAUGAGAGCCACACUUGAACCAGACAAUCAUGGAAAUCUGAAGCUUGUUCCAAGAUUCAACCUGUUACAAAAUUUUCCAGCUGCUAAACUUGGCCAAGUGAAAGCUAAGGGUGUAAAGGAUAAUAAGAGCACCAAACCAAAUAGUGUUAUCUGUCCUGAUUGCGGUGGAAACGGUGCAGUUCUGUGCUCACAGUGCAAAGGUAGUGGAGUAAACUCAAUUGAUUUCUUCAAUGGACAGUUUAAAGCCGGUGAUUCGUGCUGGCUUUGCGGAGGCAAAAAGGAUAUGCUAUGUGGGAAUUGCAAUGGAGCUGGCUUCGUUGGAGGUUUCAUGAGCACUUUUGAUGAGUAAAAACUAAUUGUGUAUAGUGAUUAAGGAAUCUCAUGGAUUUGUAUAUCUGUUUGUACAUUUUGAAUAUAGUUUUUGUACCUAGGCAUGUAUGAAUUAUAUGUUUACAAAAUCUAAUUCAUGGAAAUACACAAAUGAUAUUUCAGCCUAAUAUAA